AUGUCUUGCUAUGACCACUGCCAGCCCUGCUGCCCAACCCCACUGGCCAACAGCUGCAACGAGCCCUGUGUCAGGCAGUGCCAGAACUCCACCGUCGUCAUCCAGCCCUCCCCCGUGGUGGUGACCCUGCCCAGGCCCAUCCUCAGCUCCUUCCCGCAGAACACCCUGGUGGGCUCCUCCACCUCUGCUGCUGUUGGCAGCAUCCUCAGCAGUGAUGGAGUGCCCAUCACCUCUGGGUGCUGUGACGUCUCCUGCAUUUCCAGCCGCUACUGUGGCAGAAGACGCCCCCCCUGCUAA